UGUACCCGUCUGGCUUCCUCUCUCUCUCUCUCUCUCUCUCUCUCUCUAGACGAAGGACAUCCAAAGCUCCGUGCUCCUUUACGCGGAAAGACCAGAGAGCCAUCGUCAUGGGCGAGAAAGAUGAUCUGGGCUUGAGCUUGAGCCUGAGCUUCCCUCAGAGCCAUCUUCACCGCCAUCAUCAGCAUCCACAAUCUCUGCAGCUGAACCUCAUGCCCUGUUUGGUCCCGUCCUCUGCUUCGUCUGCUCAGUCUGGGCUCAAUCUUCAAAAGCGAACUUGCAACGACGCCUUCGCUUCUUCUUCAGAUCGGAACUCCGAGACGCGAUCGUUCCUUCGGGAGAUCGACGUGAACAGAGAGCCGUCGGCGGCGGUGGCUGCGGCGGACUACGGCGAGGACGAGGCCGGGGUGUCGUCGCCGAACAGCAUGGCGUCGACGGUGAGCGGGAAGCGGAGCGAGAGGGAUCACCAGAGCCAGACCAACGGCGACGACCUCGACAACGAGAGGGCGUCCUCUCGCGGCGGCGGUGGCAGCGACGAGGAGGACGGGGACAUGUCGAGGAAGAAGCUCCGGUUGUCCAAGGACCAGUCCGCCGUUCUCGAGGAGAGCUUCAAAGAACACAACACCCUCAAUCCUAAGCAGAAGCUGGCGCUGGCGAAGCAGCUCGGGCUCCGGCCCAGACAAGUGGAGGUCUGGUUCCAGAACAGAAGAGCGAGGACGAAGUUGAAGCAGACGGAGGUGGAUUGCGAGUACCUGAAGCGGUGCUGCGAGAGCCUGACGGAGGAGAACCGGCGGCUGCAGAAGGAGGUGCAGGAGCUGCGGGCGCUCAAGCUCUCCCCCCAGUUCUACAUGCACCUCUCCCCUCCCACCACCCUCACCAUGUGCCCCUCCUGCGAGCGCGUGGCCGCCCCGCCCCACUCCGGCCGCCCCCUUGCUGCCGUCCCGCCCCACGGCCACCCCGUGCCCCUCAUCAACCCGUGGGCCCCCGCGGCCGCCCCCCUCGCCCAUGCCGCCUUCGACGCCCUCCGCUCCUGCUCGUGAGCCCGGCGGGGGGGUCGCAGUCGGGGUCGGGGUCGCUGUCGUACCCGUGGGCGUUUUGGUCAUUUUGCAGGACGUGUCGCGGUCGAAGCAAUUGGGGGAAUUGUACAAAUUGUCAGUAGUGUUUGGUGUCUAAGGAUAUGGUUUGUCGGAAAUGAGAUUUUGGAGGGUCGACAAUGUUUUGUACCGCGACCCCAUCUUUUGCCCUAAAGUUUAGGAUUUGGGAGGAAGACCUCGAAAAAUUUGUAAUUUCCGGUUAAUUUUACUAACCUAUGAACAUUGGUUGUCUGAUUUGAGA